UCUAGCAUAUUCCAUUUGGCGUUACAAAGCUACGAAGCGUUUGAUUGACCAAUUGAAACAGGAUCCUGCUUUUUAUGAUUCGAAGCUUUUGUAACGUCAACUGGACACUUUGACGCGUACAACGUAUUCCACAAGUGCAUCAAAUAUCAACGUCAAAAUUAUUUUUUCGAGCUCGAUUUGAAUGAAUCAAGUGACGUACGUGUAUAUAUAACGUGCACCUGUUUUUAUUAUUUAAUUUAAUUGGCGCCCGUCGAGAGUAAUUGGAUUACUACUAAAGAAAGUAAUAAUUUUUUAAAUAAAAUAGAGAAAAUGUCUGCAAAUACAACUAUAUUCAAAAUUUGGAAAAACAUUCCUGUGACUACAUUUUUGUGGAAAUCAAAGAUUUUUCAACCACAAAGAACAAUUUGUAUUUCAACACAAAACAAAUUUUAUUUUAAUAAUGUUAAUCAAGCUGAAAACAAAGUAGUAGUGAAUCAGAAAACAGACUGGAAUAAAACUAUGUCGGAGGCAGAAAAAAUUGUUGGAUAUCCAACGUCUUUCUUAAGUUUAAGGUGGCUAUUGAGCGAUGAAAUUGCAAAUGUUGCAUUGCAUUUAAGGAAGUUGGUUGGCUCCAAUCAUCCUUUGUUAAAAACAGCUAAAAGUAUUAUCUAUAAUGGACGUAACACACAAGUAUUUGGUCUCAUUAUAUUAUUAAUCUCUAAAGCUGCUGGUCAUUUAAAUGCAAAACCAGUAGAAGAAGAUAAGGCUGCAGGGGUAUUACAUAGUCAAAGGGCAUUAGCUGAAGUUACAGAAAUGAUACGCAUUAGCAAUUUGAUACAUAGAGGAUUGGUAAAUAUAAAUACAAAUGAAGCUUUGUCUGUGGAAUCCUCAGAAUUGAACAAUAUGACCUUUGGCAAUAAAAUAGCAUUGUUAUGUGGUGAUUACUUACUUAGUAAUAGUUGUGCUGAAUUAGCAUCUCUCAGAAAUCAAGAUCUUGUGUUCUUAAUAUCAUCUGCAGUAAAAGAUUUAUGUCAAGCAGAAUUUGUAGCAUGUAGAGACAAUCAAAAUUUUCCUAUACCAUCAAUACCACCUGAAAAUCGUACGGGUUAUGCACUUAAAGAAUGGACACUUCUAAAUGUUUAUGGUGCUGGAUCAUUGCUUGGAAAAAGUUGUGAAGCCACAUUGCAGUUAGCUGGACAUAGUAAAGAAAUACAAACAGAAGGUUACAAGUUUGGCAAGCAUCUAGCUUUAGCUUGGCAGGCUUCCUUGGACUUAGGUUUAUGUAUUAAUAAAGACAAAGAAAUCUUGCAUAAUUUGUGCGCUGCUCCAAUUAUGUUUCAUGUUGAACAUGAUCCAUCAAUUUUAACUGAACUUGACAAAGGAUUAGAAUCAGUUGAAAAUAUCGAUUAUUUAAAGGUACUUGAGAUUGUUGCAGCUGGUCCAGGUAUUGGAUUAACUAAAGAACUUAUAAAGGAACAUUCGCAAAAAGCUAUGGAAGUUUUAAAUGUGUUUAAAGAAAGUGAUGCAAGAAAAGCCUUAUCUAAUAUUAUUGUUGCAAUAGGUGAUUUUUAGUUAAAAAUAAAUUUUUAUUG